CAUGACGGCAGUAUCCACUACAGAACCCGUGCUCAUUGCCAACGGCCAAGAGACUGGCAUAAAAUUGAAUGGCUGGACAAUUACCACCCGCAAAGCGCCCAUUUAUAACUCGAGCGAGUUGGACAGAGCAUCCCAAGAGCUCCCUAUUCCCAACCCUGAAAUGCUCUUUGGAAACAACCACCUAUCACUGUGCCAUGAAUCCGGCUUGCAGAUCACCUUCAAAGCUAUCGACGCCUUGAAGCGAGUAGAUGCGUCCCCAGCUGCAGCAGAAGGAAUAAAAGUCGCUUAUGCAGAUCAUUGGUCCCAAAAAAGCGCGGCAGCCCACGAAAAGAUUAAAGAUGUUGUGAAACCUUACGACUGGACAUAUACGACCGACUAUACUGGAACGAUUGAGUCCACUGGAAGUGAAUUCAAGCCAUCGGAAGAACUUAUUGAUAUUGAACGUCUCAAACGCCCAGAUCCGAUCAUGUUUUAUGAUGAACUGAUUUUAUAUGAAGAUGAGCUGGCAGAUAAUGGGACUGCGAUUCUUAGCUUACGCGUGCGGGUCAUGCCAUCAUGCUUUCUGAUUCUGCUGCGGUUCUUCCUACGGGUCGACGAUGUGUUGUUUAGAAUAAAUGAUACCCGCUUUUAUCACCAGUUUGGUACAAAUCAUCUAUUACGAGAGUAUUCCAGUCGCGAGGAACCGUACAGCAAAGUUCGCGCGAAAUUGCCAAAACCUCCACCAUGGGAGGUUCACAAGAAAGGCACGGAAGAUCUGUCGCCAUUGACUGAUGCAAACUGGGUGGCAAGUGUAUUGGCAGCCUUGGGACCCAAGAUACCGCAGAAUGAAUCACAAUCAACGCAACCUGGGGUAUCAACAGACGGUACAGACGGCAAGUUUGUGCUUGUGUGCGAGAGUUUGUUGAUACCUUCAUAGAAUUAUUCCAGCUGAUGAAUAGUCGAGAUAGUAAUUAGAUUCAAAGAAUGUGAGGGUUUGUAUAUCUUGCCAUCAACGAGAUGUAGUCUUCAAAGGCCGUUUAGACCGCAUGUUGUGCAACGAUUAUGGACAAAAAUUGUAUUAGGAACAAGAGUAAACGGGUCAUUUACAAGAGCCAAUUUCAAC